AUGCUGAACACGGGAACCCUGCUUUCACCUGAGUCAUCAGAAGAGCCGCCGCCACUAGAAGACUUUGCAGAAGAGGAUCAGUCAGCGAACGAGGAUGUUGACCUAGAUUUCCUGGACGAAUUCGCAUAUUUGCUUGUCGGAUACACUGUUAAGAAGAUGCAAUCGAUGGAACGGGGCGUACUAGAAAUAGAGCUGAAUCCGGAGAGAAACGGAUUGGUGAAGGCACUACGUGAGAAAACGGACGAGUUCAUCAAGUCAGACAAGGAAAUACAUAAUGUUCUGUGGCAUGUAAGUACUGAAGGCACUACGGGCUUUGGUAGGGGCCAUUGCAGGGUCAAGCACGAGCAAGGGGAACAUCUUCCUCACUGA